CCUUUCCGCAAGGGGGUGCGGGGCACUCGCCUCCUGCACUGGCCCAGCGCUGCUUCACCCUCUCCAGUGUCCCUGUAUCUAUUUCACUCCCUGUGCCAGCCUCUGUUCGCCCCGGAGGGGUCUCCUCGCGCCCCACCUUCUUCCAUCGUCUAUCCCCAUGGAAAUAGGCUUUUAUACCUGAGAUGAACUUCUCCAGACAGCGCCAAGGGAGCGGGCAGCUUCCCCUUGGCUCGGAAACGACUGGGAUCAGCGGUUCAGUUCGGAAUGGGUCUCUGUCAGCUCAGAGCGAGAGGGAGUGUGGCUCGACCGCUGCCUAAAGGGACCAGGAACCUCGGCCUCCUGGCCAGGUGUGAAGUAGCCUGGCCAAGCGUCUCAGCCUUGUCUCUCCCGCAGCCAGAGAGCCCUCCCCACACUUUGUUCCCCCAAGCUCUGCUAGGACCCCAGGACGUGCAGAAAGAGUGCUUAGAACUUGCCACUUACUCCAUCUCCAAGGGUGAGAGACAAACGGAGGAUGGAGAGGGAGCGCGAAUGACCCUUAUCAGGUCCGGACUGCCCCGCGCCCGGCCCGGCCGCCUAGAAAAGCCCCGGGCUGCGCUGUGUGGGAAAUGGCUUUUUGGCUCCUCAACCGAAUUGCUCAACGUUUUGGACCGACUCGCCUCCGCACUGUCGCUCUCGAACAGAACUAGGCAGCUUUUUAGAGCUGGGAGAGACAUCCGGGGCAAACGGGGCGCGACAAUCAGCUGCCCAGCUCACCAGACUAACACCCCAGAGACCGGCGAGCCUGGGGACCCCUGGAGGGGAGGAAGGGGCUCCCCGGACGUGCGCACCUCAUUCGGUGACGCGCUGGCUCUGGUUCUAACAUUCCCUCCCACCCCCAGCCCCACCUCCAUCUGACCCAACCGGGCCCUGAUGCUGCUGCUUUGCUCUUUUCCUUCUCUCUUUUUUCCUUUCCUUUUUCUUCUCUGUUGGUUUUCUCCUCUUCACAAUCCUCUCGGGAAAAGGGGCCCUUACUCCACUCCCCAACAGGCUCACUGACACCCUUGUGAGUCCCUGCUGCGGGCUCUUGAACAGUCUUACUUUGGGUUUGACCAAGUGUAGCUGGACUCCAAAGCGACGGGUCGUGGCGGGUGGAAGACAGAAAGACGAGGUGGAAGAAGGCACCGGGAAGCUCCAGUCUUUAGACCGAGAGGGGCUCGAAGCGGAGUCCCGGGUGCCGGCCCCAGGUCCGCUUUCCUCCCAGGGCGCGGACUGGGGAGGGGUGUAGGGGGAGGGGCAUCGGGGCCAGGCUUUCCAGCUGCAAACGCGUCUGGCGCCGAGGCGGGCCGGUUUUGUGCCUCCUGGGGACCGGCCGUGGGCGGCGCGCAGUGCCGAGACGCGUCCUGGGGACGUGGUGGCCGGCGCCUUCCUGCAGACCCCGGUGGGUGGGACUCCCUCUGGCCUCCAGGGAGCCGCGACUGUUACAUGUUGUUGGUGGAGAAGUGGCAAUUCUAGGAGGAAAGCUAAAAGCCUGCUUAGUGGCCGAAAGCUGAACAGUGAACCAGGGAUCCGUUGGAAAUAUAGAUUGAAAGGGAUAGAGGACCUCGGAAUUCCCCACCUAUUGCAGUCUACCCCUUCCCCGCGAAAGAGAAGCGAGAGGCGCAGGCGGAGCGUGUGUGCACAGGGCAACCCGGGCAAAGCGAGCGUCGGGCGAGGGAGACGCAGUGGGUGAGGCUGGGUUCUCUACAGCGGAGGGAGCGCAGCCUCAGCUCCAAGCAGACUUCUCCGCGCAGCUGGCCGCGGCCGUGGCGCUUUCAGGCCCAUAGGAGGCGCUGGCGUGCGACUGUAA